AUGUCUGGUUUUCGUCUAAUUGACAUCGUUAAGCCAAUCUUACCGAUCCUACCGGAAGUCGAGUUACCGUUUGAAAAACUACCAUUCGAUGAUAAGAUUGUCUAUACUAUUUUUGCUGGCUUAAUCUACCUUUUUGCGCAGUUUCCUCUCGUUGGAUUGCCCAAAUCCACCACUCCCACCGUCAACGACCCCAUUUAUUUCCUGAGAGGCGUCUUUGCCUGCGAACCAAGGACUCUGUUGGAGUUUGGUCUUUUCCCUAAUAUUUCCAGUGGUUUAAUUUUGCAAUUGUUAGCCGGUUUGAAGAUAAUCAGGGUCAAUUUCAAGGUCCAGAGUGAUAGAGAAUUGUUUCAGACUUUAACCAAAGUGUUUGCCAUCGUACAAUAUGUGAUUUUGACCAAUGUUUUCAUUUUUGCUGGCUAUUUUGGUGAAAAUCUAUCCGUGGUACAAAUUGGUUUAAUCAACUUUCAAUUGGUCGGUGCAGGUUUAUUCACCACAUUGUUAGCAGAAGUCAUCGAUAAGGGAUUCGGAUUCUCCUCCGGUGCUAUGAUUAUCAACACUGUGGUAAUCGCUACCAACUUGGUCGCUGACACCUUUGGUGUUUCUCAAAUCAAAGUUGGCGAGAAUGACCAAGCUGAAGCACAAGGUGCCUUAAUAAACUUGAUACAAGGUUUCAGAUCCAAGCAUAAGACUUUUGUAGGUGGCAUCAUCUCUGCGUUUAACAGAGACUAUCUGCCAAACUUGACCACCACUACGAUUGUGUUGGCAAUCGCCAUCAUUGUCUGCUAUUUGCAAAGUGUUCGUGUCGAAUUACCAAUCAGAUCCACCAGAGCGCGUGGUACGAACAACGUCUACCCAAUCAAGCUAUUAUACACCGGCUGUUUGUCUAUUUUGUUCUCUUACACCGUCUUGUUCUAUCUCCAUAUUUUCUCCUUUGUUUUGAUUCAGUUGGUCGCCAAGAAUGAGCCAACCCACAUUAUCUGCAAAAUAAUGGGUCACUACGAGAACGCCAACAACCUUUUAGCGGUUCCAACUUUCCCGUUGUCUCUUUUGACCCCGCCAACUUCCUUUUUCAAAGGUAUCACCCAACAGCCUUUGACCUUCAUCACUUACUCGGCCUUUAUAAUGAUCACCGGUAUUUGGUUCGCCGAUAAAUGGCAAGCCUUUUCUGGUUCAUCAGCCCGCGAUGUGGCCUUAGAGUUCAAAGACCAAGGUAUCACUUUGAUGGGACGCAGAGAACAAAACGUCGCUAAAGAAUUGAGCAAAGUCAUUCCUGUCGCAGCUGUCACAGGUGCAUCCGUCUUAAGUUUGAUCACCGUUAUCGGUGAGUCAUUAGGAUUAAAAGGUAAAGCUGCAGGCAUCGUUGUCGGGAUUGCUGGAGGAUUCUCUCUGUUAGAAAUCAUCACUAUUGAGUAUCAACAAAGUGGUGGCCAAAGUGCUUUGAACCAAGUCUUGGGUGUUCCAGGUUCUAUGUAA